UUCACGCUUUCUCACUCUUUUUUCUCUCUCUCUCUCUCUCUCUCUCUCUCUCGCUCUCUCUCUCUCUCUCGUGCGUCAUACACAGGAAAAGUGCCUUAUUCCCUUGUGGAACUCAAUCUACCCCCCACUCACAGACGCUCACCUGCAGAAUGCCAGCUCCUCUUUACUUGUCACCUUCUGUGUUUGGAAAAACGUCAGAUACUCACACUCACGCAUACACACACACACACACACACACACACACACACACACACACACAUACAUACGAGAACACGUCACACUCUCUGAGUAAAUGCAUGCUUCAGAGCUGGUAACGAACGAGAGAGAGAGAUAGAGAGACAGAGAGAGGGAGGGGAUAAAGUCUUAUUGUUCUCGACCAGCGUGCAUUGGAGGUGUGGCAUCUUCCGGGCGUUGUCGUGGAGACGGAAGGCUGCCCGGGCGCUGUUCUCUCUCUCCUUCUCUCCGGGCUGAUCACUAAGACGCUGACCGCAGGGAGGCUGAUCCUUAUGGCAAGAGCCGCAGCCACAGCUUUUCAAAUGGAAGAGGCUCCCAAAACACUGGUGACACUACUUCUAGAUGGCAGGGAGAUAUGCAAGAAGAUACAUCAUCUCAACAGCGCUGCAGAAAUAAUUGAUGCCUGCAAGCGUUUUUUGCCUUGUACUGCAGAAUAUCAUAGAAUUCUAAAAUUCAGUGCUGAUUUUCAUGAAUAUGUUGACACAGACCUUAAUGACAACAUCCAAAACUUUGACAAGUUUCAAGUUUUGUUCACCUCAAUCAAGCCAGGUGGAACACUGCCAUGGGCUGGACAACUGAAUAUAGUCGCAGCUGGUCCAAGUAAUCAGCUGAAGGCCGGCCCUCACAGUACAGAUGCAGCUGGUACAAGUAAUCAGCUAAAGCAUGGCCAGGGUCCAGUUGAUGCAGACAGACUGAGAAUGCUCAUUCAGAUCAAAGGCCCAAGUAUACUGUCAGAUUAUGAAGCUACAGGAACGCUGUCUGAGACAUCAAGAAAACUUCUUGUGAAGAUAGGAGUCAGUGACCUGGUGGAGCGAAGGGGAUUUUACCCAUCAAGUGAUGAUAAACUGUUGUUAGCUAAAAGUGUGAUAACCCUGUUCCCAUCAAUGAAGAUGAAGAUGGGAGAAGAGAAUGAAGGAUUUGAGCACUUCUAUGACCCAGUGUCCCACAAUGGAUUCAUUGAAAUUAAACUGAGAAAUCUACGGAGGAACCUUCAUGAUAGUCAGCGACGCUACCGCCGCAAGCGGGCCAUGACCAGUGAUCCGUGUUUCCAUCCAGUUUCCAUUACACUGCGAAUGCCAGCAGGAAGGGAAGAGGAGUCCUCCAUGGAUUGGAAGGCUGUAAUCAAAAGGAUGAAACCAUCUGAGGAGAACUUCUCCACCAUCCGACUGGGCAUGGAGAAAACCUACACUAGCCGCAGGUUCUGGAUUGCAAAUAACUCACCAACAGUAGAAGAGAUUUUUCAGCAGUACCCUCAUUUUAUAGACAUGCCAUACUUACUUGACCUUGAGUUUGAGAAGAUGCAUCCAGGGAAAGCUGACCUCUUCCUUCAAAAGUGGGAAGGAAGUGUUGUCCCGAAAUUACUGAGGAUGGCCACAAUGAAAGAGAAUCCUGCUGUUUUGGCAUCUGCCAGUGAGAGUGAUGAGCCUUGCUUUAGAGCUCUUCAGAUGCUCACAUACCUUUUGCCUCCUACUGCAUCCGGCAGGGGCAAAGGCUGGACCAAAUGCAGUGUGAAAUCAGCCAUAUGUUAUAUCUUGGACAUUAAGCUGAGUGAAACAGACAGUUCCAUCCUCAUGGGUAAUUCACCUGACAGAGUGGUGGAAAAUCAUCAACCUCACCUCAUAUGUUUAGGUCAGCCCAGUUCUACAGCUCAGUAUAUCAUCGUGGCAGAGAAGGACAAAGUCGCCAUUCCACUUGAGGAUAACAGUUUGACAUGCGCCAUUGACAAACUGUUUAAGAUGUACUGCAUUUGCAACCUGGCAUAUCCUGCCCAGCUCACAUCGGUCUUUAAUUUCUUUGAGCAUCUCUAUGACAUGCCUAUCUCUGGUGGAAAGAGAUCCAAAGUUGUGGAGCUUAUUGCGAGACUUCAAGCGAUGUUAUAAAACAUAGAAUCAUGUAUAUUUGUCCCAAGUGCAAAAAACUGUAUGAAAACUGGAGUGAUCAUCUGUAAUUGUGCAAUAAAGUAAAAUAUGAAGAACAUGUGCUUAGCAACUUUAAGUGAUAUUUAGGAGGACACCUGUCUUAGCUGUUACAUUCAUUUUUCUGAAAAUGUCUGAGUAGACACAGUGCACGACAUUUCAGCAGGUGUUGUCGUUCCAUUGAAAUAAAACAGAUGCUGCAUUUCACUUGUGCAGAAAAAAAACUGGUGUGUUGUUAAAUGACAGAGUGGUAAGUUUUACCUCUACUACAGCAAAUGAGAAAAACAAGCCAACGGCCAUUCGUAUUCCAAAAGCCUCAGAGAAUCCCAUAAAGCAAACGUCCAAUCAGGUGUGGUGCCUCUUAUUCUUUCUUCUCUUAAGUGAAAGAUGUAGCUUAUGAUUUGCUGCAGUUCUUGCCAAAGCAGAUCAUCAUGGAUCAUUCUAACGUAUUCUAGAGGAUUUAUCCAGACAGGAUCCUGACUGAAAAACAUCAUUUAUGCUGGCACAUGACAUUAAAAUUUAAAAACAGACAAGCCUGUGUGUACUAUUUUUUAAAUAUUGAAUAAAAUUAAUUAGCCUAAGCGUAUGUUUACUUAAUAAUUGUCCUGAACAAUUUUUCAAAAAAGAGUGAGCUGUUGAUUGAAAACAUGAAAGCCUUUGGCACUAACAUUGAUGCUGACAGCUCUAUAAUGUGGCUCACGCUGUCAGUGUUUCUUGGUUUAAUAAAUCGAAAUACAUCACAUGCGGCUCUUAUUAUUAUGUCAAUGUUUAGUUUAAAUGUAUCAUCGCUAUCAGAACAAAACCUUAUAGCACCAUUUCUGUUGUUUUAUUUAUUUAUUUUUGUUUUACAGAAUUUAAAAACCUCCAGUUUUUUACUUUUUUUUAAAUUAUGUGAUGGAGGGAAAGAAAUGAUCCGAAAGUACUUACCACCAAUUGUUUCUUUCACUUUAUAUACAAAUAACUGACAUUAAAAAUUACCAAUGUUUUUGCUUCUCCUGUAAAUCUACCAUUUUAGAGAUGCGAGGUUUUGUUGCGACAGCUGUUUAUGUGCUUUACACUUUGUUCUUAUAACUUCUCGUGUGCUGAAACCAUGACUGGAGUCUCUGGUGUCUUCACCAUGUCACUGGUGAAGUUGUACAUAUGAAGCGUUUUGUUCCAAAAUGUCUAACAGACCACUUUCAAGAAUUUUCUUUUUUUCAUACGUUGUUGGGUGUGGGCCAUGUGAUGGACUGGUGACCUGUCCAGGGUGUUUCCUGUCUUCCACCCAGUGGGAUGGCCUCCAAUACCUCCCGCGACCCAGAAGAAUAAGUGGCUUAGAUCAUAUGUGUGGGUGUUUUGGGAGUGGACUUUACACAUUCAAGCAAUAUUAAUACUAUAUUAUGGUUUAAUACCACCUUCAUUAGAGAAAUAAAAACACGCUAGCUGUUUUCUCAUUAUAUACAAAAUUGUUACUAAAGGACAUACAGCAUUUUGGAAUUAAACUCUUUGUAUUUUACCUGAAUGUCAAAAGGAAGCAGAUCUGUUUUUUUUUCUAAGAAUCUCAUUCUCAUUGUCACCUGUAUUUGGUAGAUCACUUAAAGAAAUCUCUUUUAAUGAUUACCAAUAAAAUAAGACUUGUUCUAAUUAUUGUGUGAAUGUAUUAUGGAUCUUGAUGUUUGACUUUUGUAUUUGUGAACAUGAUAAGAUAUUAGAUAAUCUGAUAAUAAAUUCAACUG